AUGAUAUUUGGAUUUUCGAUCAAGCUUAACAAAGUAAGGCAGGCUCUAUUACACACGCAUGACGUGGUAGCUAGGGAAGUAUACGGCGAAGAAGCGCUGCGAGUAACACCACCACCAAUCGCACCCUACCUGAAUGGAGGAAACGAUGAAAUUGACAACGGUGAUGCCGGAGAGCUACAGCACGUCACACGCGUUCGGUUGGUGCAGUUCCAGAAGAACACCGAUGAACCGAUGGGUAUUACGCUGAAAAUGACGGAAGACGGCCGGUGCAUCGUGGCCCGGAUCAUGCACGGUGGCAUGAUUCACCGGCAGGCAACGCUGCACGUCGGCGACGAGAUCCGGGAAAUCAACGGCCAGCCAGUGCAGCACCAAACAGUUAGUCAAUUACAACGAUUGCUGCGGGACGCGCGUGGUUCUGUUACUUUUAAAAUAGUUCCUUCAUAUAGAAGUGCCCCACCGCCGGUUGAGCUAUUCAGGAUAAGACCAGCGCCGGUUCUGGUGGAUCAGAUUUUCGUACGAGCUCAGUUCGACUAUGACCCGCUGGACGACGAGUUGAUACCGUGCGCACAAGCAGGAAUAGCUUUCCGUGUCUCUGACAUACUUCAGAUUAUUAGCAAAGACGAUCAUCAUUGGUGGCAGGCCAGGCACGACGCUGCUGGAGGUUCAGCCGGUUUGAUACCUUCACCAGAGCUUCAAGAGUGGCGCAUCGCUUGCCAGUCGGCGGACAAAUCCCACAAAGAACAAGGAGAAGCAGGGCCCGGUUGUUCAGCUCAGGCAGAAGGAUGUGAAGGACCUACAGUAGUUAAUUGCUCAAUAUUUAGCCGUAAAAAGAAGCAGUGUCGGGACAAGUAUUUGGCGAAACACAAUGCCGUCUUCGAUCAGCUGGAUCUGGUGACGUACGAGGAAGUGGUUAAAGUGCCAAUCGGAGAUCCGGCGUUCCAAAGACGAACGCUUGUAUUGCUGGGAGCGCACGGCGUUGGCAGGCGUCAUAUCAAAAAUACGCUCAUCGCAAAAUAUCCGGAUAAAUACGCUUAUCCAAUACCACAUACCACCAGACAACCACGGCCGGACGAGGAGAAUGGGCGAAGCUACUAUUUCAUAUCACACGAUGAGAUGAUGGCGGACAUUUCGGCCAACGAGUACCUCGAGUACGGCACGCACGAGGAUGCAAUGUACGGUACCAAGCUGGAAACGAUACGACGCAUUCAUGCCGACGGCAAAAUGGCAAUAUUGGACGUGGAACCACAGGCCUUAAAAAUACUUCGAACAGCCGAAUUUACGCCGUACGUUGUGUUCAUCGCAGCUCCAUUGCUGCAAAACAUCGCAGACUACGAUGGUAGUCUUGAGCGUCUCGCCAAAGAAUCCGAUAUGCUGCGCCAGGCAUACGGCCAUUUCUUCGACCUGACCAUCGUCAACAAUGACAUCGGUGAGACGAUAGCAACGUUGGAGAACGCUAUAGAUAAGGUGCAUUCGACCGCCCAGUGGGUCCCCGUGUCCUGGCUGUACUGACAAGAUAGUGAGCUAGAAUGUCCCGCCUGUUUGGAGGAUGAGUGCGAUUGUGAUUGCGAUUGUGAGCUAGACCUUAAGUGAGUCGGUCACCGCCUAACCGCUGACCGACCAGACCAGGAGCGAUUGAAGAAGUCGAGGGUGCAAAAGUUUGUCAUCAUCAGCACCCCAUUGUGAGGUUGAAGGUCUAUCCCACGCGAAACGACGUUGAAACCGCGUCGUUGAAACGAAAUCGAAUGACGAAUACCAACCUCACAACCAACAACAAAAUCAAACUAACCUACAAACCAAUCAUCAAACAUUGCUUACACUAUGUUGUUUGAAUGACAUGCACCUUGCCGUGACCUGUGAAAGUGUAAGCGUUGGGAGUACUUGUUUUUUUGAUACCAAUUCUUCCACUGAAGCCAAGUUAAGAAAAACACAAAAAAGGCAACAAGUAGAAAACCAACAAACUCCAUAGCGGUAGCCAUUUUCGGUCUUGUGUUGAACUAAUCCGAUUUCAUACUUAACGUAACGUUCAUAUUUCGGCCGUAGUUGUUUGAUCAAUCACCUCACGCUGCAGGUAUAUGAGCUCCUCGUGCAACAGUCAUUACCAGAUUGCGCACUUACGUCGAUGCACAUCGUCGAACGUAUGAAAACGGAGGAAAGUCGAAGGAAACACUUCCCGAUGUUCGCCGGAGAAUCGGUUCACAGAAUGGAAGCAAACCUAGCACCCCCAGAUACCUAACAUCCCGCCCCGUUGCACUAGCAGAGAGCGAAUUAAUUACCCAAAUUAACAAAAUUCAAACAAUCGAUUGCGAUAAAAAAAAUCAGUAAAAGCAAUCAACACAGAAAUCACCCAGCGUGGUCGCGAAGAUGGAAAAAAAUACAAAACAUGAAAAAAACAUUAAAACGAAGUGAUAGAAAAUGGAAACGUACACACAAAGCAUACACUACGGAAACGAAAUAAAUUAUAGAAGAUAAUAAUUUAAAAACACACAAAGAUAACUAAAACUCUUUUUAAAAGAACUAAUGCAACAAAGAGUAAACACAAAAAGCCCAAAAGCGCGCAAACCGGAAAACAACAAACUAACCAAAAAACAAAACUGGUUAUUGGAAUAUGAGCAUAACAGUGAAGGAAAUAUUAGUUAGCAUUAAUCUUAACCAAAAUAAACUGAAAAUGAAUGAAAGGAAAAACAAAUGUUAACAUAAUUCAUAAUAAUAACUAUAAUAACGCUAAUAUUAACUGACCGAAUGACUUUAAAUCAAGAGUAUCGCAAUUCCAGGAGUAACCACAAGAAGAAGAAGAAGAAGAAAACAAAACGAAAGUAGACCGAGACAAAGCGACGCCGCAGAGAGAAGGUGGGUGAAUAGGUGAAUAAUAUUACGUUGAAAUUGAAUGUAGAAAAAAUAACAUUAAAACAUGUGUUUUCCAUGUAUUUUGUUUCAUAGCGAUUUGAGAAAUAUUCGGGGAAAGGACAGAUUAAAAUGGGCCAUUGGCUAGGCCAAGCGGCUAGCGUGGUAGAGAUUUUAGGAGAAGCAGUUAAUGGGUUGUUUCACGUUGGGAGAGGUAGUUUAAAAAGGGGGAAUAGGCACGACGUGUUUAACCCGGACGGCCGGUGGCAAGCACUCGUGUUGAAGUUAGUCUGUUUCCGCUAAAAAGAAUCGUUUAUCGUACGUGAGGCACAACAUGAAAUCGACCUCCAGCAAGUCACCGUUUGUAUAAUCAACGAAACGGAUUGUUUCAAGGGAUGAUGAGAUGGUUUGUUAAAAUUCAUUAGGGUAUAGUUAAUCCAUUGGAAUAUCGUCGCGUGCUGAAAAUCUUCCAAUAGGAUCUUCAGCGAACAAAGUAUCGCCCAAAGCAGUGAGAGCUGCGAAGCAUGAAAAUGUUUCCUUUUGUCACUGAGUCAUCGUCCACCUAACGUCCGCCAUCUAGUUCCAUUGCAACCAUUUAGUUUCACUAUCACUCUACGUUCACAUUAAUUUUCAUGUGCCAAUUAUUUGGCCUUAAACCUUUUCACCAUUUCACCGAACGGUGUAUGUCGCUGCAUUAAAAUUGAUAUGUUGAUUUCUUGUCUUUGUUUUCGUACACAUAAAAUAUGCAUUUUUUACACUUACACCAGUGGAAUGAAAUCCAAUAAACAUACUACGCCAUGAGGAGAACACAAAACAAAUGACGUCUGUAAGUUUGAAGCAAACUUUAUGAACUUCUUUACAAAUCUAUCAUAUUCGCAGUGAAAUCAAUCAAUCCAAUCAAGGCCCCCUUCGGCGCCGUUCAUGGACAGGGCAAACCCUACUUCGUUUACCGAAACAAAUAGUGGCAAAUAAUGGAUUUUAUGCAAACAGUGAACUUUGAACAAUUACCGAAAAAUGAUCGUUUAUGAAACUAUUUUAAAUUUCAACCUCCGAAACCAUCAUUAGUAAUGGGAUGUUGAACCGUAGUAGCUGAUCUACUACAUGAAACCGAAGAGCUUCUCUUUUCUGUGUGUUUACGAAUGCCGCGAAGAUAGUAUUGUGCUGGGUUCUAAAUUACAAUACUGUGGGUUAAUUACCGGAACUAGAAGUACGGAAGCAAUACCGAAAUUCCACAAACAACACUUUAUAGAACACCGAACGGCUUCAUACUUUACCGGUGCUAAACCCGGACUCGAGUAAGGUUGAACUAAAAUCAAAUUCAUUGCACGUUUUGGCACACCUACUAAUAAUAAUCCUUUGGCGAGUCGAGUCAGAGCGAAACACAAGCAAAGCUGCCCACGAACAGGUACCCACAAAUUACUCGACCGAACUCGCAGAGGUCACCAUUGCGCUACUUAUACAAUACUACCGAACAAGAAUUAAAAACUGCACACUGAACACGCCACAACGCUAACGACACAAUGAGAGUUACAAAACAUGCAAACACGACAGAACGGAAAACAAAAUCCAGCAUAAAGCAAUCCAACAGAGACAGAAAAAGAAGCACACACAUUUAUCCAACAAUACAAAAUAUAUUUACGAAAAUACUUGACGAAAAUGAGCAUAUUUAGGAAAUCAAAAAUAUUACCCCUAGUUUCUUUUCCUGCAGUUUCACAAAAUUAUAGCAGCAGGUACUCUGCGAUGUAGCGCAAUCAUACGCCUGCAAAGGGCAGCUGCCCUGCUGAUACGCACAUACGCGGGGCGCGCGCGUGCGCACGCAAACUGAACACAGAACACUAAACAUUGGAAACGUAAUUCACUACAUAUAUUCUUCUACACAACGGAUAUCUCGAAUGGCAGUUACCUUCCUCGUGAAACUUGUAUACAAUAAAGAAAAGUUUUAAAUAAUAAACGACGAACAGAAGCAACCACGCCAAACCGAACGAUACAAAGUCAUACGGAGCGAACUAAAUGAAUUUCUUAAAAAAACAAUAACUUCAAUACAAGCAGGCAGCAAAGUAACACACAAACGUUAAUAAUCUAAAUCUGGUGUAAUUGGAAUGGAACUACGAAUUUGAAAAUAGGCCCGCCCCCAGGGCACGCAAAAGUAGGGCUGACAGAUGAGCGAAAUCAGAUUCGGAGUUGGUUUGGUGGAGCUUUUACAGCAGCAACACCCAUCCACGAACCUGCGAAUAACGGAUCGCAACCGGUGCCGGGAUGCACUAGGCAAGCAUUUACCAAUAACAAACGUCAUCGGUUCGGCAAACAUAGGCGAAUGCGGAACAUUGACAACACGGAUAGGACCGUGGACGAAGGCAAACGAAGCAUAAACAAUGCGUUAAACAAACGAUAGGCUAAAACAAGGUGGAAGUGUCGUGACUCUAUACGGUAAAAAGUAUUAUUUUACUAGUUUAUUUUGU